CAUAGUCCCUUUGACAUCCGAUCCUACUCAGUCACAAGAUUGAUACCAAAAACACAAUGGACAGCUUCACCUUCAACUUGUUUGCCAACGAGUUCCAACCUCAAGGCUCGACUACCAAAAGUACCCUCAGUUCAUUCAAUGUACUUGCCCCCGAGUUUCAACCGCAAAGGAAGACAAAGAAUGCCCCAACAUUGAGCAUGGCUAUUCCAAGUCACAAAUUCAAUUUAUUUGCGAACUAGUUCUACCCUGAAACCAACGACAAUGGCGUUAUGUUUGAUUGGUCUGAGAACCAAAUGAACCUGCAGAAUAGGUACUUGUCAUUGAUCAAGAACAGUUUUGUGGAUGACAAUGAAAUGUAAGUUAUAAUAUGUAUUUUGUCUCAAUAGCAAUGAGUGAUGUGUUCAUCUGCAUUUUCGGACUAGUCUAACCUAUGGUCUUUUUACAUUUUAGGUUUCCUAAUGGUUAUACCUAUGGCGAGGAAGAAGCUAUGCCAGUGGCAGAAAUUGGUUCUACAAGUUUCACACCCAAGCUGAUUCCAGUGCUCUAUCAUAAGGUGCCCAUUGUGUUUGGCAAGUUUGGCAUGGACUCGUUCGACUUUGGCGAACACAACCCCACCAGUUUUUGUGGUCUCCAAGGUUGUCUGCCUAAUGCCUAUUGCAACGCCAUGAUCCAGGCCCUUUAUUACCAGGCAGGCCUUCAUCAAGUGGUCCUCGGCCACUGUUGUGACAUGGACACGUGUUUGGUGUGUGAGCUGUCCUUCUUGUUCCACAUGAUGGACCAAAAGAGCGGGAAUCAAUUGGUGCAGCCCCAUAACUUUAUAAGGGCCUUGAGAACCAGCUCUGAGGCCGUUGCCCGAGGCCUGGUGUUUCCUAAUUCGGAUUCCGUGACGGCCUCUAGCUCGAGAGACAUAAUUCAAGUGGUGUAAAAUUGGCACAAAUUCAUCCUUGAGCAAAUCGCCGUGGCUUCUAGGGACAAUGGCAGCAAUGCCUUCGAUCACAGUUGUUGCCUUGAGACUUUGACAGUGACCACCUGCACCAACUGCCAAUCGUGCAUCAGUGUUCAAAGUGGGCAACAAAUUGGUUGCGAUCUAGUUUAUCCUCAAGCUUCGGCGAGAAUUUCCUUCGAAGACGUUUUGUGCUCCUCCCUUGAAUCCAGCAAAGCAAUGAGAUCGGCCUUGUGUUCCCAUUGUUGCCAUUUCCAGCCCACCAAUCUGUCCCAUUCGGUACAAUCUUUGCCGGAGUCACUGACGGUUUACACUGGGUGCAACGAGAGUGUAGCCAGUGUGUUUUGGGAACAGCAAUCCGUGCACGUGGCCAAUGAAGCUACUCUCACGGCCAAUGUGCACGGUUCAAAGGUGGAUCAAGGUGAAGAUUUGUGGGAUCAGAUGAGAGAACUAGAUGUUUCUUGGAUCCCUGAAUCGUUCAAGCUUCGAAGAUUGGCUAAUGGCACACUCAAGGGAGGAGCUACAUCCGAAAAGUCGAAUGUGGUUGAGGAGCAAGUGGAAUACGAGUUGCAAUCGGUUUGCUUCACAAUCGUGGAUCCUCAGACUGGAAAGGCGACAAAUGUGGUGGCUGCCAUCAAAGUGGGGACCUAUAAUUCGGCACGAUUUGUUUUGCCGGAGAGUCAAUGGUACCUUUUCAACGAUUUCUCCAUCAAUCCGAUUGACAGUUCCGAGGCCACUUGGAUAGAUCUUAAUCUGAAGGUGCCGAGCAUUUUGGUUUAUCGGCGGGUAGAACGAAAUGAGGUCAGUGUGCCCUUCCAUCCACAACCUUCCCCGUCCAUUGGCUUGGACAUCUUCCAACCAUCCCAAGGUCAUGAGGGACCUCUGAGCUUCUGUCCCUUGGACGACAACGAAGUCCCUAGAGCUGGUGAUCUGGUGGCCUUGGAUGCGGAAUUCGUCACUCUGACGCCAGAGGAGAAGUCUCCUCAUUUCAAAUUGUACAUUAUUUUGUAG